AUGAUGGUCUCAGCCCCGGCCAAGAAGAGGACGUGCCUGCACCCGGGCUGCAGCACUCGGCCCAAGUACGGGGACAAAGAGACGGACUCGACGGACUACUGUACACGGCACGCGAAGGCCUGGAUGGUGAACAACACCAGCAAGCGGAGGUCCUGUCAUGAGCCCGGGUGCCUCACUCAACCGUCGUACGGGAUCGAAUCCAGCAACCGGCCCGAAUACUGCGCUCGACACGCUCCGGACGGCCUCGUCAACGUCCGGUCCAAGAGGUGUGCCCACCCAAGCUGUACCAGGCAACCCAGGUUCGGCGCCGAGGGCAGCAAGAGGCCGGAGUUCUGCGCGCGACACUGCGCGGAAGGCAUGGUCGACGUCUGCAACAAGAGGUGCGGCCACCCGGGCUGCAAGACGCAAGCGAGGUACGGAGCGGCCGGCAGUAAGAAGCCUGAGUACUGUGCGGGGCACUCACAGGGCGGGAUGAUCGACGUCCUCAACAAGCGGUGCGGUCACCCGGGCUGCAAGACGCGCGCCAGCUUCGGGAACCAAGACAGCAAGAAGGCCGAGUUCUGUUUGAGGCACUCGCGCGAGGGCAUGGUUAGCCUCCUCAACAAGCGGUGCGGCCACCCGGGCUGCAAGACGCGCGCGAGCUUCGGGACGAAGACCAACAGGAAGCCGGAGUACUGUGCGCGUCACUGUGCCGAAGGCAUGGUCAACGUCCGGUGCAGCAACAAGUGCGGCUACCCGGAUUGCAAGACGCGAGCGAGCUACGGCUUGGAGAGCAGAAGGAUCGCCGAGCUGUGUGCGAAGCACGCUAGACCAGGGACACGUCUCGACGGCAGGGGUGACGCGGAAGCGCGCGGGGUGGACGGGUUUGCGGGGGGAGCUACGGCGCGGGCAGGAGGAGAAGGUGCGGCGGCUGCGCGGUGA